CCAUCUCUUAGUCUGUCUCUCCAUCUCUCUCUCGCACUCAGCCUCUCAAUCUCCCUCGCCCUCUCUCGAUCUCUCGCUCUCCCUCACGAGCUCAGCCUCUCCAUCUCAGUCCGCCCUUUUCUCCCGCGCGCAGCAGAUCUCCCAAAACCCAUCUCUCAAUCUUCAAAACCCCCUUUCGCCGUAAGAAGGAGAAUAAGAAGAAAAUCUCUGUAUAGGUAGAGCCAUUUCUCACGGCCGCGGCAAUCAUCGGACACGAUGGAAGCAUAUGGCUCAGAGCGAGACUUUCCCUCAGGUCAGUCCCUCACAGUUUGAAGCUCAUGCUGGUUGUGCUUCUAGGCAGAAACCUUACCUACACAUCUACACCUCCAAUGGGGUGUCUCUUCAUGAAUUGUCGGUGUCCCUGUCUAAAGUUCAAAAGCUUUCUGCCACUGACAAUGAUGACCUUUGCACAAUAUGUGCAGAUUUUGGAGAUCUUCUACUUUGUGAUGGAUGCCCCAGGGCCUUUCACCAGGGAUUUCCAGAAUAA